AUGCAGCAGCUGAAGGAGCAGGUGAAGCUGCAGCAGGUGCUCGUGCAUUUGCGGUACCUUGGCCAUCCCAUUCAAGGAGUUAUUCAGCAGCUGAAGGAGCAGGUGAAGCUGCAGCAGGUGCUCGUGCAUUCGCGGUACCUUGGCCAUCCCAUUCAAGGCGGUGGUUCGAAAGUGGAUGACAUCUGCUUGAAGGAACAAGGAUCCCAGUGCGGAGGAGCUCUGGCGGAUGUGACGAGGAGGCGGAGAAAAGUUGCGCAUUCGACCAGAAGACCAUUUUUUGGGAGGCUGCAAGGUGUUGGCAAUCAAUCCUUUCGGCUGAGUUCCGAAUUCCGACGCGUUUCUGCAUCCUUUGCUCCUGCCAAAGUCACCUGUUCAUGGAGCCUCCUGAGGCGAAAGCUCGCCACAGUUGCGCUCUGCUGA